UUACUUUUUACUUAAAAAUGUUAUUACAAGUGUUUAAAAAAGUAAAUAUCGUUUUAAGUUAUACAAAAUAAUGUUUGCGAUUUAUGCAAUUAUAGAGAUUAAACUUUAAGUGGUAAAAAUCUAAAUGAUACUAAUCUGUAGACACAACAAUAUGUAAACCGUUUUUGUAAUCAUUAACUUUGCUUCUUGAAAUACGCGUAGGAAUACUAGGAAUCAUCGCUUAUCGAUCGCACAUCUGGUGUGCGUUUUUUUUUUUGGAUCCUAUUUGUUUCUUUUACAAGCCAAUAUCUAUCGUAAAUCAUUAGCACUGGGACAUUUAGUUAACAAAUACUCACUCCAGACGCAUGCGCUUUAUGCAUCGAUUAUUUUGCUUGGAGCCAGAUAUUACAAACCUCUGGCCAUAGCCAGAUUGCCACGCAACCAAGGAAAACAAGUACUCAGUUCUUGUAACCUCAGAAUGUGCACAUGCACGUGACGUAUCGGAAUACGGGGUUCUAUUUGGACACCAUAGCACUUAUAGGAUCGGCGAUGAAGAAUGCAAAGUGUAUUGGACAGUUGAUUUUUAUGCAUAACACUUGAAUUUCAUAUACAUAUUAAUGCAAAAUUAUAAAAAAAAAGUGAAAUUGAAUAUUCCUAUCGUUGUCUAUUGUUGACUAUAUACAAGGUAGUUAUUCACAUUUAUAUGCAAGAUAAAAUAACAGUUAAAAUAGAAUAACUGCACAUGUCUGCGAGCUCUCAUUGCGAUCGUCAAAUGCAAUUUUUCUAUUUGUUCAUAAUUUGUAUGAACAACACGUGCACAUUGUUUUUAAUAUACAGUUUUUAAUAUAUUUAAUUUUGCUAAUUGAUAUGAUGAAACAUUGAUAAUAGUAUUUCAAAGAAAUUAAGUUCAGACAUUGAAACUGUAUUUUCAGCAUUAAUUACUGUUAGCGUAGUUAUUGUUACCAUGCUGCUUUAAUUAAUGAUGUCAUUAACUAAUGAAAUAUUUUACCACGAUAUUAAUUAUAUGUUUCUGCAUUCAGCUUAUCAUAUUUUCUAUAAUAUUAUUUAUAUUACAAUAUUAGCACAACAAGAUAUAUGUUGUCCAAUAUUUUAUACUUAAAAUGAAUGUAACGAAUGAAAAAAAUCUUAGAUUUUGGAAAUUUUUAUCGAUGUUGGGAAGAUAUAUUAUCGUCAAUGGCAUCUGCAAAGCCAACUACAUGCAAAGAAGCUAUACGGCGAUGGGAGGAGGAGAACCAACAAAAUGCAGCUACGGCAACAGAAGUAAUUUUAAGCUUUCAAUGGCCGCCUAUUGAAAAGAUGGACAAUGCGUUGGCAAGUUUGGUAAAUUGUGAAAAGCUUUCUUUAGCGACAAACAUGAUUGAAAAGAUUGCAGGUGUGGGAACUCUGAAAAAUUUAAAGAUUCUAUCAUUAGGUCGUAACUUAAUCAAAAGCUUCGUCGGUCUUGAAUCUUUAGGUGACACUCUCGAGGAGCUUUGGAUUUCCUAUAAUUGCAUUGAGAAGAUGAAGGGCAUCCAGGCAAUGAGAAAUCUUCAUGUACUUUACAUGUCUAACAACUUGGUGCGAGAAUGGAACGAAUUCGCAAGGCUACAAGAGCUUAUGAAUCUCCGAGACCUAGUUUUCGUCGGUAAUCCGUUAUAUGAAAGUCUCGAGGUGGAACAGUGGAGACUCGAGGUUGCACGACGUUUGUUAAGUUUGGAAAAACUUGAUGGCGAUCCCAUAAUACGAACGGAAGAAAAUCCAAUUCAAUUAAUUAAAACUGAUAGUAUACAUGAUUUGCAUGAUCAAGAAUCUAAUUAAUAUUUUAAAUAUUUUAUAUAUUCAGUUUGAUAUAUAUUUUUAUAACGAAUAGUAUGAAAUUUGAUUGUCUAUUAAAUCUAAAUUACUUUUGCAAAUUAAAGAUGAGAUCUUUAUAACACGGUAAACUUUUCAGAGUAAAAAUAAUUUUCAUAUUGAUCUACGAAGUUUGAUACUUUUGAAUUAUUAGGAGCUAUUUGAAUAUGUGUACUUGAAUGUUUAUUAAACUUAUUAAAUCUGUAAAUAAAAUAAUUAUUAAUUUCACAUAAAA